GCUGGUGCUUGCAGGGAACAGUGGCGUCGACACGCUGUUUGAUGUAGUUUUGGGCGCCCUGCAGAAUUCCGCGACCCCAGUUGAAAUUCUUUCGAGUUUACCAUCAGUGAGCGUGGCGUACACUGCACCAAAUGAACUUCAAGGAGACUAACUUGGCGAAUAACCUUUCUCUUUGCUAAAGAGUUUUGCUGAACUUCAGGAUCAUCAACUGGUUGUUGCAAGGAAAAAUUUGGACAGAGACUCCCUGCGUGUCCUCCUCAAGAAUAAUCAAUGUCCUGAGACUACAGAUACGCCACCGAGUGGACCGUUUAGUGCUGGCGAUACCAGUCACUUGUUACGGAAGAUUGGCAGGAAAAGCAAGAAGAUCAAGUUUCUAUCCGAGCAAGUUGAUUCGUUCAAAGCUAAGGCGCAACAUCUCGAGAUAGAGCAAGAGCAGUUCUUCGACGACGUGCAAGAGAUGAAGACUCAGUUCGAUAAACUAGCCGAGAAUCAUCGUAAACUCAUGUGGGAAUAUCUGCCCGCUCGUGAUCCAAGUCUUCGCGCGAUACCGCGGUUAACUACGUUACCGGAGACUCCUACGACAGUUGGGAAGUAUCCGUUAGAGCAAGUACUAGGCUACGGCCAAUACGCUGUUGUGUACACGUCAAGCACACCUGAACGCUCCGAGCUAGCGAUCAAGGCCAUAGACAAACAGAAACUCAUGGAUCUCGUAUCGCUGCAUCGCAUCAGCUCCGAGAUCUCGUCACUAAGCGACCCGUAUAUUCGACAUCCAGGGAUCUUGGAGCUAGUGGACGUUCUCCAUACACAUAAUCAUGUCUAUUUGGUCACAGAACGCGGAGGUAAGGACUUAUUCGAGUUCUUUGGAGCUCAUGUGGAUGGACUUGGAGAGGAUACGAUACGUCCAUUGCUACUACACCUUGCACAAGCCGUGGAAGUAUUACAUCGCAACAAUUAUUGUCAUCGAGACUUGAAGCCAGAGAAUGUGUUGUAUGCUCCGCAGAGCUCACAAUUGAUCAAACUCAUCGACUUUGGUCUGUGUACGAAAGCGACAACAGCCCUUCAUGAUUUCUGCGGCAGUCCUGGCUUCUUUGCUCCCGAGUUAUUGCUCCAUGACGGUUAUGACGGAUAUAAGGCAGACGUUUGGAGUAUCGGCUGCAUCUUGCUUGAGGUAAUACGCUACCGGUAUUCUGAUCUCUAA